UGUAUCACACAUAUAGACUGCGCUAUUGUUUUGUGGGGGUGACAGAGAAUAACUACGGCCGAUAUAACUUCUUGGGCGGACACAGCAGUCACUGCGAGCGUCUACGAGAAACCACAAGCAAGGACGAGAAUACGUGCCAUAUAUACCUAGGCACUGGGAUGUGAUGGAUCCAGCCUCAGCAAACAUUCGAAUAUUGAAUGAAUGUUUGAAAGGCAAUCAAGUGUGCCAUAUGACCAGAUAGGUCUUCAAAUUUUCAAAUGUUUCCGUCAAAAACGGUGCUACAACGUUCAAAGGUAUACUGCAAUGUUACUACCCUUCAAAAGUCUUACCCGCUGGCCGUGAGACUCGUAAUUACAAUUAAUGGCAGUCGCCAACUGACGACGCCCUCAUCUCCGCUUGUACACUCCAGAUCUCAACCGUUCUCAUCAUCAAUCAUGUUAACUAACUCCAAUAUGGAUAUCCAAUCUCCUCACUUUACCCAACUAGACUUUACUAUCGAUGAGAUCGACAUCAAUAUGGCUUUGGACGCGAUGAGCGCAGCAUCCGCACGCAAGCUUUGUAUGGACCCGGAAUCGCUACAGUACAAUAACGAUCCUGCAAUUUCAUUCCCCUUUCGUUUGUUUUCAGAGCUACCGUCCAAUCUAAUGAUACAACUGGAUCAUCCACGAGGCCUCGGAGCUUGGUCAUGA